GGCGAAUAGAGUAGGCAGCAUACAUCAACUUGCAUAUAUGGCAGUUAGAUAUUUUCGUACAGAUUCGCAAGAUAAUCAACAAGGAGUGCAGCCAUGCCCACUUUCAACUUGCAAGCUAAGAUUUCCUAUAAAUACCUGGCAACAUCUCCAGCAUUUUUCAUCAAAUCCAAAUGGUUAAUUCUUGCUUACACAAGAUUUCAUUUAUUCCUCUCCUCUGUGUUUUAGGGUUAGGCAUUGUGGCCGAUAUAACCGCCUAUGCUCAAGAUUCACCGCAAGACUAUCUUGAUGCUCACAACGCAGCAAGAUCAGAGGCAGGUGUAGCCGAUUUGGCUUGGGACGACGACGUUGCGGCGUUCGCCGAGAACUACGCAUCGGAACGCCAAGGGGACUGCGAAAUGAUUCACUCCGGUGGCGGCGACGAGGGUUACGGCGAGAACAUUGCAUGGAGCAGUGGUGAUCUUGCAGGCAGCGAAGCAGUGGCAAUGUGGGCGGAUGAGAAAGACAAGUAUGACUACGAUUUAAACUCAUGUGUUGGCGGAGAGUGCCGUCACUACACUCAAGUUGUUUGGAGUAACACUAUUCGGCUUGGAUGUGCCAAAGUGAAUUGCGAUAAUGGAGGCACUUUCAUUACUUGUAACUACCAUCCUCCAGGAAAUUAUGUUCACCAAAGGCCUUACUAGUAGUGCUCAUCUUCUCUUAUUAAUUUUUUCCUCAAGUUAAUAACGGUUGUAUACUUAAAAAGGUGAAAACUCAGGUGAAAUCGACUUCACGUGAAUAUAACGGCUCUCAAGUAUCAACUUCACGUGAAGUCCACUGCACCUGAGUUUCCACCACUUAAAAAACUAUCGGUUGUAUACUAAAAUCAGGUGAUAAAAUUGGUUGUUAUUAUUGUCAUCAGGAUAGGGAAAUAUCUAGGUUCUAUGCGAACUGCGAAACUUGGGAAUGGAUUGAGUUUCUGCGAAA